AUGCGCGAGAUUGUCCAUCUUCAAAUUGGCCAGUGCGGGAAUCAGAUUGGUAACCUGACAAUUCUUCUCCGUUGGUCCCAAAGUGAUAGUUAUUCAUUAAAAGGUGCAAAGUUCUGGGGCAUACUCUCUGACGAGCAUGGCAUUGAGCUCGAUGGCGUAUACCGUGGCACGAACGAUUUGCAACUAGAGAAGAUCAACGUGUACUACAACUCUGUUGGAGCAAACAAGUAUGUUCCGCGGGCUGUACUCGUGGAUCUUGAACCUGGGACGAUGGAUUCUUUGCGAUCAGGGCCAUUGGGUAACAUGUUCCGUCCUGACAAUUUUGUGUUUGGACAAAGCAGUGCAGGAAACAACUGGGCCAAAGGCCACUAUACUGAGGGUGCCGAGCUAGUCGAUAACGUCUUGGAUGUGGUACGAAAGGAAGCAGAGAAUUGUGAUUCCUUGCAAGGUUUCCAAAUCACCCACUCGUUGGGAGGUGGCACAGGCUCCGGGAUGGGCACUCUCUUGAUCUCGAAGAUUCGUGAGGAAUAUCCGGACCACUUCCCUCCCCUCGCUUAUGGAACCCUUUCGAUUCAGGUUUCUGAUACACCGUACAAUGCUACGCUUUCAGUUCAUCAGCUUGUUGAAAACUCGGAUGAGACAUUCUGUAUUGACAACGAGGCUUUGUAUGACAUUUGCACGCGUACGCUCAAGCUCCACACACCCAGAUAUGGCGACUUGAAUCACCUCAUCUCCAUCGCUAUGAGCGGCAUCUCAACCUCCCUUCGAUUCCCUGGCCAACUUAACUCGGAUUUGCGAAAGAUGGCAGUCAACCUUGUCCCCUUCCCACGUUUACACUUCUUUAUGGUUGGCUUUGCGCCGCUUGUUGCUCGCGGUGCUCAGCAUUUCCGUGGCGUCACCGUUCCCGAGCUCACCCAGCAAAUGUUCGACGCCAAAAAUAUGAUGGCUGCCUCUGACCCGAGACACGGUCGAUACCUUACUGUUGCCGCUAUUUUCCGUGGUAAAGUGAGCAUGAAGGAAGUCGAAGACCAAAUGCGGAUCAUCCAACAGAAGAACUCCGCGUACUUUGUGGAAUGGAUCCCUAAUAACAUUCUCACUGCUCAAUGUGAUAUCCCUCCUCGUGGAUUCAAGAUGUCUGCUACUUUCAUUGGUAAUUCAACUGCCAUUCAAGAGCUGUUCAAGCGAGUCAAUGAACAGUUCACUGCAAUGUUCAGGCGUAAGGCUUUCCUUCAUUGGUAUACCCAGGAGGGUAUGGAUGAAAUGGAGUUCACGGAAGCGGAAUCCAACUUACAAGACUUGGUCGCUGAAUAUCAACAGUACCAGGAUGCUGCUGUCGAGGAAGAAAGGGAGUACGAGGACGAAGCCGCAGAAUAAUAAUCAGCACCUUCGCUCUGUCUUAUCCCGAAGUUCACAGGAACUCCCUUGAGCAGCCCUCACAUCUCUAGCCUCAUCUUUGUUUCGUUCCUUUCCUGCCAAUUGCCCCUGUUAUCAGUGAGCACAUCUUGAAUCCCCACAUCAAUAUGAUCAGACGCAUGCCCAAUUUUCUAUAUGUCCUUCUCCUUCGCAUCACAUUUUUAGGACCAGAUCGGAAUAAACCUUUGUUUACCUUAUAAUCAUGUCAUACUUUACAAAGGUAGUGCUAAGCCGAACACAUUGUGCAAACGAAUGGGAACAAUUUCAAAACAACCUGAAAGAAUAUUCCCCAGAGCACAUUGAACUCUCGCACCCGCAAUCGCACCCCAGUGGAACCCCUUUCACGACACCACAAAGUGAGGCACAACGUACAUGUCGCGCGGGCGCAUACCGAGUAAUACGGGGGGGGGGCACAGAGCUAGAGUCUCCGAGAAUGCUUGCCC